AGGCAAGCAAGCUAUGGCUCUGAUUGGGAUUGUAACAGAAGAAUUCAAAGAAGAAUACUAUGACUAUUGGAAAACAUGUUUAAAAAGUUAUCUAGUUGGUCAAGACUUAUGGGAUGUGGUCACUAGCGAAGCUGAGGAGAAAGAGAAGUCACAAGAAUGGCAAAGGAAGAAUGCUCAGGCUUUGCAUGCUAUUCAACUCGCCUGUGGAUCACAAUCUUAUGCCAAGUACAAGAAGAAUGCACAUGUGACCGCUAAAAUAGCAUGGGAUCACUUGGUUGAAAUGCGUCCCAUCCCACAACUUUCUGGGGUUGCACAUGAUCAACAAGAUGCAUCUGAUUUUAAAGAGUUCCGUUCAUAUGAAGACCUAUACAACGCUGUUCAAUUUGAUGACAUCGAACAAGUGAAUGAUAUCCUUAAGAAGGACCCGAAAGCUACAACAGCAAGGGUAUCUUCACAUGGAGAUACAGCUCUACAUAUUGCAAUCCUCUAUGGAAGAACACAUAUUGCACAAGACUUGGUAAAUAAGAUGCCACCAGAGGGAUUAGAAAUUAGUAAUAAGUUUGGUGCGACUCCUCUCUCCCUGUUUGCGGCGUUGAAUGAAAACACAGAACUGGCUAAAGCCAUGGUGGAAAAGAAUGAUAAUCUGGUUUGCAUAACAAAUGGAAAUACGGACCAGAAUUCCCUUCCCGUAAUUGUGGCAUCAAAGUACGGUAGAAAGCAAAUGGUUCACUAUCUCUACUCCAAGACUCCAAAAUAUCUGCUAAACGGACGGGAUGGGGUGAUGCUUCUGAAUUAUUUGAUCACCGCAGGAAUCUUUGAUAUUGCUUCCCAGCUACUCAAAUUCUUCCCAAAUCUAAGCAUCAUGGCGGAUCACAAUGGCGAUUAUGCUGUUCACAAAUUGGCACACAAGCCUUCAGCGUUUGCAAGUGGAAGCAAAUUUCCAUUUUGGAAAGAAUGGAUCUAUAAUCGUGUGUGUAGAGGGACAAAUGGCUCUCAACACAAAAUCAUUGAAGGGACAAAUGCCUCUCAACAUGUAAUCAAUAUCUCUGAUGAAGAAGAAUUCAUCAUCCAGCCUAGCUUACUAUAUCGGCUAGGUUGGAUCUUGCUACAGUUUUUCGUGCCUGAUAUCAAGAAUUUGCAUGACAGAAAGUUAGUAAACGAUGAAGCAAAUAAACUCCUCAUUCUCAUUUGCAUGGAAAUAAAAGGUGCGAGUGACUCAAAGCUUGACAUGAUGGAAAUAGACAAAGCAGUGAUGACUGCAAUUAACUAUGGAAUAGUUGAGUUCGUCAACGAACUACUAAAAUACAAUCCGGACUUCAUAUGGAGGGAAGACAAAAGAGGAAGAUCAAUCUUUUCACAUGCAAUUGUUCUACGCAACGAAAAAAUAUUCAGUCUUUUUUAUAGAUUGGGAACAAAGAAGAGCAUAGUGGCGAGUCGACGUGAUAUAUUUCAGAAUAAUUUUCUACAUCUUGCAGCGAAGCUCUCUCCUCCGGCUCAACUUGAGCGUGUUUCAGGAGCUGCCUUACAAAUGCAGUGGUAUAAGGAGGUGGAAAGGUUAGUACAACCCGACUACAAAUAUCAUCUGAAUGAAAGCCAUAGAAAGCCUCACACUUUAUUCAGUGAAGAACACAAGGAUCUAGCAAAAGAAGGAGAAAACUGGAUGAAGAACACUGCAGGAUCAAGUAUGAUUGUCGGUACUCUUAUUGCUUCAGUCAUGUUCACAUCUUUCUUCACUAUGCCUGGUGGGAAUGACGAUAAAUCUGGCCUACCCGUAAUGUUACAGACCAACAGAAAUGACAGAAUUAUGUUCAUGCUAUUUACGAUAUCAAAUGGACUCUCUCUCUUCACAUCAUCAGCUUCCGUGUUGACGUUUGUAGGAAUACUCACUGCGCGAUACGCAGAGGAAGAUUUUCUUGUUUCCUUGCCCACCAAAUUGAUCAUUGGAAUUUCAUGCCUUUUCUUCUCUAUAGUUACCAUGUUAAUUUGUUUUGCUGCUGCACUAUUUCUUAUGCUCAGUAAGACGUUAUUCUCGAUGUUCAUACCCCUGGCUAUUCUAUCUGCUUUCCCCGCUAUUCUCUACUCUGUACUUGAGUUUCCUCUCCUAAUUGAAAUGAUAGUGCGUACAUAUGGAGUUACAGUUUUUGACAAACAUGACUCCAUCCAUCAUCAAGAGAACUCUUCAAUGCCUCCUAUUACAAUACAGAGGGCUUUCAGCGUCCGACGUAUACAAUUGAAGAGGAAGUCACCGUUAAUCUGUCGGUGAAAGUCUGUCAGCACACAUAAUAAAUCACCAACCAAGCAUUUCAUUGUUGGAACCAUUAGCAUAAUUAUAAUUUAAUCUUUGUUUUUAUGUAAUUAGUUGUAUUAUUGUUUUAAGCUAGUUUCCGGGCAACCCACAUUUGUAAAAACUUAAUGUUAACCUAUGAGUUGAAUAGUGUCUGUUUAUACA